ACUCCCGUGUUAAUACUAUCUCCACAUCUCACCAAGAACUAUUCAUUUUACACUAUCCACUAAUCAUUAUCUAAACCAUGGAUAAAAUCACCAGUCGCGCGCAGCUCACCACCGCCAUCCAAUCCCACCACUCCUUCAUCCUCAUCUUCUCAGCCAUAUGGAGUGGUAUUAGCGAAUCAACCAGGAGGAAUUUCGAACGAGUCGGAGCCAAAUACCCCACCCUCUACCAAGCCUGGAUCAGCACAGACGAUAACCCCGAGCUGGCGGGUGAUCUCAAUGUCAGUAGCAUCCCAGCCGAGAUAGGCUUCAAGGGUGGUGUGGAGGUGGUGAGAUAUAUAGGGCCGAAAAUCAGUGAUGCGGAGGUUGAGGAGUUUAUUCGGGAGGUUCUUUGAUUGGGUUAAUUAAUUGAUAACUUUUGAUGAGGGGUGGGUGUUGGAUGAGGAGGGAGGGGGCUAUUGUAGGGGAGUACGAAGA